AUGCUGCUCAGGGCCGCACGAUCGCCGUGCUGGCGCACAGCGCAAUUCGCAUAUCCGAGCUUCGCCGGCCAGCUACGGAGCACACGGCUCAAUGGGACACACCUGCGCGCAUUCACAUCAAAUAACAAUUCAUUAUGGGGUCAAUCCACAGACAAUAAAGAUCAUUCAUCUGUCAAAGCGACAUCUACUUCUACUUCCGCUCCAUCACAACUAGCACACGCCAAUAUCGUCCAGAAGCCGGAAGAUAGCGCCAAUGUGAGGACUCCACCAAAGAAGGACAUACUCAGCGAGCCCAUGACCGGGAAAAAAGAACAAAGGAAGGCAGACUGGGCUAUCAUGAAAGAAAUGGCCAAGUAUCUGUGGCCGAAGGAUGAUUGGGGCACGAAGCUCCGUGUCGGUACAGCACUUUCAUUGCUUGUUGGAGCAAAGGCAAGCUUCAUCUGUUAUUGUAUCCUCAAUGUGGAAAUCCCCUUCUAUUUCAAGAAUAUUGUCGACUCCAUGAAUGUAGAUUUUGCUUCCAUUGGCGGAACUGCCUACACCGUGGCUGGGUCAAUGAUUAUUGCCUAUGGUGUAACCCGAAUUGGAGCUACAUUGUUCCAGGAGCUUCGUAACGCAGUCUUUGCUAGCGUUGCGCAGAAGGCAAUCCGGAAGGUGGCAUCAAAUGUUUUUGAACAUCUGUUGCGAUUAGAUCUCAACUUUCACCUCUCUCGGCAGACCGGAGGUCUGACCCGCGCAAUUGAUCGCGGUACUAAGGGCAUUAGCUUCCUCUUAACCUCUAUGGUCUUCCAUGUGGUCCCGACAGCACUUGAAAUCUCGCUUGUCUGCGGUAUCUUGACUUAUCAAUAUGGCCUCCAAUUUGCCGCCAUCACAACGGCAACAAUGGUAGCUUAUACGGCAUUCACUAUUACUACAACCGCGUGGCGAACAAAGUUCCGGAGACAGGCCAAUGCAGCUGAUAACCGCGGAGCAACUGUUGCCGUGGACUCGCUCAUCAACUAUGAGGCCGUCAAGUACUUCAAUAACGAAAAAUUUGAAGUGGCACGAUAUGACAAGGCCUUGAAGAAGUAUGAAGAUGCAUCAAUUAAGGUCACUACAUCUCUUGCAUUUCUUAACUCUGGCCAAAACAUGAUAUUCUCCUCUGCGCUGGCCGCAAUGAUGUACCUGGCUUGCAAUGGAGUUGCGAACGGAUCCAUGACCGUUGGUGACCUAGUCAUGGUCAAUCAGUUGGUCUUCCAGCUCUCGGUACCCCUCAACUUCUUGGGAUCUGUUUACCGUGAGCUGCGCCAGUCACUGCUGGACAUGGAAACGCUUUUCAACCUUCAGAAGGUGAACGUCACCAUCCAGGAACGACCCAACGCCAAGCCGCUGCAGCUAACCCAGGGCGGCAAAAUUCAUUUUGAGAACGUCACUUUCGGCUACCACCCAGACCGACCGAUUCUAAAGAAUGCCACCUUCACUAUUCCAGCCGGGCAGAAGUUCGCCAUUGUCGGCCCUAGCGGCUGCGGAAAGUCUACAAUCCUACGUCUGCUUUUCCGCUUCUACGACGUCCAGUCUGGUCGUAUCUUGGUUGACGGUCAGGAUAUCCGCGACGUGACUGUCGACAGCCUCCGCAAGGCGAUUGGAGUGGUGCCACAAGACACACCGCUGUUCAAUGACACAAUCGCGCACAAUAUCCGCUAUGGACGGAUUGAUGCAUCGGACGAUGAAGUGCGCCGAGCUGCGGAGCGAGCCCACAUCCACAAGCUCAUUGAAGGUCUGCCUGAUGGCUACGAAACUGCAGUUGGUGAGCGUGGUAUGAUGAUCUCUGGUGGCGAGAAGCAACGGCUGGCAAUUUCUCGGUUGAUCCUGAAGGACCCACAACUAUUUUUCUUCGAUGAGGCAACAUCCGCCCUAGACACCUACACGGAGCAGGCCCUCCUCCAGAAUAUUAACAGCAUUCUCAAAGAGAACAGCCGCACAAGCGUCUUUGUUGCGCAUCGACUACGCACAAUUGCCGACAGUGACCAAAUUCUGGUCUUGAAGGAAGGUCAGGUCGCAGAGAUGGGCUCACAUCGCGAGUUGCUUGAGCGCAACGGAACUUAUGCCGAGCUUUGGAAUACCCAAGAACAGUCGAUGGCUCAUGACGUUGAUGUUGACCCAGAGAUGAUUCAAGGUGAAGACAUCCAGCCUAAGGCGUGA